AUGGCUGAUAUUGGAAAACAGGAAGGAAUCAUUAAACCUUUACCAGCUCCUCAACGUACUCGUACAAGAAGUGUUACUGAAGUUCAUUAUGGAGGGAUUUUCAGUGGUGGUGAUGAUGUUGUUAUUAUUGAUUGCAUGUAUGUGUUUUGA